CUCAGCGCGGUGCUGCGUCCUCGGUUUGCGUUGGCGUCCUCGGCUGUGUUUCCCGCUUCUUCUCUGGUCUUCGCAGUGGACCGGAGCGCGUCCCCGUGAGUCAUGGUGACGAAGGCCGUAUGCGUGCUGAAGGGCGACGGCCCGGUGCAGGGUACUAUCCACUUCGAACAAAAGGAAGAUGGGACGGUCGUGGUAUCGGGAUCCAUUACAGGAUUGACUGAAGGCGAUCAUGGAUUCCAUGUCCAUCAAUUUGGAGAUAAUACACAAGGCUGUACCAGUGCAGGUCCUCACUUUAACCCUCUAUCCAAAAAACACGGUGGGCCAGAGGAUGAAGAGAGGCAUGUUGGAGACCUGGGCAAUGUGAAGGCUGACCAGAAUGGUGUGGCCGAAGUGCGUAUUGAAGAUUCCGUAAUCUCACUCUGUGGAGACCAUUCCAUCAUUGGCCGCACAAUGGUGGUCCAUGAAAAACCAGAUGACUUGGGCAGAGGUGGAAAUGAAGAAAGUACAAAGACAGGGAACGCUGGAAGUCGUUUGGCCUGUGGUGUAAUUGGGAUCGCCCAAUAAACAUUCCCUAGGAGGUGGUCUUGAGUCCUAGUAACGCAUAUGUUAUCUUGCUAGUUGUAGAAAUUUAACUAGAGAAACAUUAAACACCGUAACCUUAAAAGUGUAUUUUGUGUGACUUUUAAUUGCUUUAAGUACCUGUAAUAAGAACUGAUUCAUGAUCACUUGAAGAUUUGUAUAAUUUUAUAAGACUCAUACUCAAAAAGUGUCUUGUUUCAGUGGUCUCUGUAUUUUGCCAAACUUAGUCACAUAUGGAUAUUAUUUGUCUGAAUUUCUUCAGUUCUCAAGCCUGCAAUAAACAUUCUCUGUGGCA